GUUUUGCUUCAAUUUUAAAGAUAUCGGGACUAAAAUAAAAAUAUUUAAUGUUUUGUGCAUGUUUUAGCCAAUUUUGAGAAGUGAAACAAGUCAUACUUGACGAAAAAGUGUUUAUUCUUGUUCAGUUCGUGUUCUUGUCUUGAUCAUGAUUAUAGAAAACGACGAAAGUGAAAAUCUAUCAUCUUUAGAUUUGACGAUACUACAAUCUUUAGAUAGUCGACAAUUCGGCUUUAUUAAACUAAAUGCGCCGGAAAAUUCGAAAAAGAAAGCGCUUGUCUUAAAGGCGAUUAAGUAUUUGGAACAAAUGCUUAUUGAAGCUCAAUCUCAGAAACUUCUAUCAGAAUUAGACAAAUUAAAUGCUGAUGAAGAUGGGAAACAAGAUUCAAUUCCAAUGGAGGUCGAUGAGGACAACCAAAAAGAGUCCCUUCACACGACUCAAGAAAUCGAUAAGAUGAAAGAUAUCGAAGAGAAAUGUUCGGAGGAUUCAGCGAAAAAAGUUGAUUUAGAUGAAAAGACAAUCGACAUUGACCCAAAAACUUAUUGUAAAUUGGGUCACUUCCACUUGUUGCUUGAAGAUUACGCAAAAGCAUUGUCUGCUUAUCAAAAGUAUCGUAGUUUACGAAACGAUCAUUGGAAGGAUACUCCAUUUUUAUACGGACUGGGAAUUGUUUAUCAACAUUUUAAUUCUUUAAGAUGGUGA